AGAACUUAUACAGGCUGCACAACUAGCUGAUGGAUAUUUCAAAAUAAGGAUUUACAUAAUUAAUUUUGUUAAAAUAUGAAGAUAAAAUACUUUUUUUUUUCGAUCAGAGAAUGUUCUUCAUGAGUUUGUGAUUUAUUCAUUAAAACUGUAUAGGAAAAAGAAGUUGACGGUUUUCGCUUUCUUGAUCUGAAAUUAACUAUUUCUUGUUUUUAAUUUUUUUUUUCAUCGGUGAUGCAAGGAAGGGUGUGGCUGGUGGUGAUAGUGAGUGACAUAUAACCGUAAUCCCAGGACGGCAGGCCAUAGAGUGAAGCAGCAGGAGCAUGUAUCUUGGUUGCAAAGGCUUUACUUCUGUUUCUCUUUGGCCUUUUCUUCACUUUACUUUUCUCUCCACCAAUAUAAAAAUUCUUUCAUUUCGUUUUUAUGGUUACUGUACCCCACUACUAUCUUUGGACGCCAAGUGAUUACAUUUUCCUGGGAAAACGAUGGCCCUUUCUUCAUCUGAUGAUAACUGAAGGGACCCAUCAAACCGUUCUGCUUCUUUUGCUUCCUCAGCUGGGGUAUUUAGUUAGUUCUAUUGGUGCUGAGAGGGGGUUGAAAUCUUAGUUUCUGGGAAAGAUGAGUGGAGCUGUGCUUGUGGCUGUUGCUGCUGCGGUUGGUAACUUAUUGCAAGGGUGGGAUAAUGCAACCAUCGCAGGGGCUGUUUUGUACAUAAAAAGGGAAUUUAAGUUGGAAAGUGAACCAACUAUAGAAGGGCUAAUUGUGGCUAUGUCACUUAUUGGAGCUACUUUGAUAACUACAUGUUCUGGAGCCAUAUCAGACUGCCUAGGGCGCCGUCCUAUGUUGAUAAUCUCUUCUGUACUUUACUUUGUGAGUGGUGUUGUGAUGUUUUGGUCUCCCAAUGUUUAUGUUCUACUCUUGGCAAGACUUUUGGAUGGAUUUGGUAUUGGUUUGGCAGUAACUCUUGCUCCAGUUUACAUAUCUGAGACUGCACCGCCAGAAAUCAGGGGAUUAUUGAAUACUCUUCCUCAGUUCACUGGAUCUGGUGGCAUGUUUAUGUCAUAUUGUAUGGUGUUUGGGAUGUCCUUGAUGAAGGCACCGAGUUGGAGAUUGAUGCUUGGUGUUCUUUCUGUUCCCUCUCUCAUUUAUUUUGCUUUGACUGUAUUUUUCUUGCCUGAGUCUCCAAGGUGGCUUGUGAGUAAAGGACGGAUGCUUGAGGCCAGGACGGUUUUGCAGAGGCUUCGUGGCAGAGAAGAUGUAUCUGGUGAGAUGGCUUUAUUGGUUGAAGGACUUGGCAUUGGGGGUGAAACCUCAAUAGAGGAAUACAUAAUUGGCCCAGCCAAUGUUUUCACUGAUGACCAAGACAUAUCUGCAGACAAAGAUUAUAUCAAGUUAUACGGGCCUGAACAAGGUCUCAGCUGGGUUGCCAAACCUGUUACGGGUCAAAGCUCUAUUGGUAUUGUGUCUCGGCGUGGAAGCAUGACAAACCAGAGUGUGCCACUCAUGGAUCCUCUUGUCACCCUCUUUGGUAGUGUGCAUGAAAAGCUCCCUGAUACAGGAAGCAUGAGAAGUAUGCUUUUUCCACACUUUGGCAGCAUGUUCAGUGUCGGAGGGAAUCAAGCUAGAAAUGAAGAAUGGGAUGAGGAAAGCCAAACAAGAGAGGGUGAGGAUUAUCCAUCUGAUGUUGGUGGUGGUGAUUCUGAUGAUAAUUUGCAGAGUCCAUUAAUCUCACGUCAGACAACAAGCAUGGAUAAAGACUUGGUGGCACCUGCCCAUGGAAGCCGUUCAAGCAUGAGGCAUGGCAGUUUGAUGCAAGGAAAUGCUGGAGAGCCAGUUGGUAGCACUGGGAUUGGUGGUGGUUGGCAGUUAGCAUGGAAAUGGUCUGAGAGAGAAGGCCAAGAUGGAAAAGUGGAAGGAGGUUUUAAAAAAAUUUAUUUGCAUCAAGAGGGCAUCCCUGGUUCUCGGCGUGGAUCUCUGGUUUCUCUGCAUGGUGGUGAUGCCCCUGCAGAGGGUGAACUCAUCCAGGCUGCUGCAUUGGUUAGCCAAUCAGCUCUUUAUUCCAAGGAGCUUGAGAAUCAGCAUCCAAUUGGACCAGCUAUGGUUCACCCAUCCGAAACUAUUCCUAAAGGGCCUAGUUGGGGGGAUCUCUUUGAGCCUGGAGUUAAGCAUGCAUUGGCUGUUGGGGUUGGAAUUCAAAUACUUCAGCAGUUCUCUGGCAUAAAUGGGGUUCUCUACUACACUCCUCAAAUUCUUGAGCAGGCAGGUGUGGGCGUUCUUCUUUCGAACAUGGGAAUUAGUUCAGCUUCUGCGUCUUUGCUUAUUAGUGCAAUUACAACACUGUUAAUGCUUCCUUGUAUAGCUGUUGCCAUGAGGCUCAUGGAUAUCUCUGGAAGAAGGAGUUUGUUACUUUGCACAAUUCCUGUCUUGAUAGUCUCUCUCCUCAUCCUAAUCCUUGGAAGUGCAGUGAAUCUAGGCAGUGUUGUGAAUGCAUCUAUCUCAACUGCUAGCGUUAUAGUCUACUUCUGUUGCUUUGUUAUGGGAUUUGGACCGAUUCCUAACAUACUCUGUGCAGAGAUCUUCCCAACUCGCAUUCGUGGCCUUUGCAUUGCCAUAUGUGCCCUCACAUUUUGGAUUGGUGACAUAAUUGUUACCUAUACACUUCCAGUUAUGCUCAAAUCUGUUGGUCUUUCUGGUGUUUUUGGGUUGUAUGCAGUCGUGUGCUUCAUAUCUUUGGUAUUUGUGUAUUUAAAAGUUCCAGAAACCAAAGGCAUGCCCCUUGAAGUAAUAACUGAGUUCUUCUCUGUCGGUGCGAAGCAGGCUGCAGCUGCCAAGAACAAUUGAGUGAGAAGUUUUGACUUCUUUUUAUUUUUAAUUUGUUUCAUUUGUGUUCUCUUUUAGGUGUGGGAAACAAUAAUCUAUAUUUUUGCAGAAAGAAAAUGUGUAUAUUUUGCCACUGUUGGUUUUGCUAUUAUAUGACUUACCAGUAAAUUUCUCAUUCAAAUGAAAGUUCAACAUGAAUAACAGCACCGCGAAUUGAGUGA